GCUCCGUGUCCUUCACAACAGCAAACAUGGCGACGGCCACAAAAAUCAUCCAGAGGCUGCGAAACUUCUUAGCAGGGCAAGAGCUGCAAACCAAACUCCAGCUGCGAUAUGAGGAGGUCGGCAAGAGGACACAGCCUCCGCCCAAACUGCCUGUCGGCCCGAGCCACAAGUACGCCAGCAACUACUACUUCAGCAGAGACGGACGCAGACUGUCAGUCCCUGCCACAGUCAUCAUGUCAUCACAGAAGGCUCUCACUGCUGGCAGCCAAGUUGCUGAAGCCCCAAAGCCUCCAGUUACCCCAGGUGCUGUAUAUAUAGAUCCACCACUGUCCACAGACGAGCCGUACCUCUGAGCAGCAGGACAAACUCCUUCAGCGCCUACAGCCUCAUUUCUCCAGCCAGUGCUGCUGUAGAGGCCGAAACCACAGCACAUGGUUUCUGUAUCCUGUACAAUAGAAAGUGUGAAUAAAAUGUGUCCUUUGUGUAA